AUCGAUUUAUGUGUGGAACAAGUUCGCGCCCACGUUUGUCCCACUGUGCAAUUUGGCAUAAAGUUUUCAUAGUGUGUGCAUUACUUUGUGCCGCUUGUUGACAUUGCCAGUUUAUGCAAAUUUGCGGCAAUUAAUCGCAGCCAGCAACAGCAAGAGUCAAGUGCAAAAUAAACGCAACCAAACCGAAUCUGCAACGCGUCGCGCUCAAAAACUAAAACAGUAACAACAAAAGCAAAACCAAAAGCAGCAACAACAACAACACUAAAAAGAGAAACUGAAAUAUGGCCUGGGGCUAUUGGUCCGCCACAACUGUGGAUCGUGGACGUUCACCGCGCCGCUUGACGCAGUGCACCCCGCUGCCAGUGAAUCUGGUGCAGCAGGAAGAAGAGGAGGAGCAGCCACCACCUUGCCUUCCCCAACAGCAGCAACAACAGCAACAACAGCAGCAACAACAGCAACAACAGUCGCAGCAGUCACAGACCUGCCCCAGCACACCAUCGGCGAAUCAACAAGGAGGCGGCGGCACUCUCUGCUACAGUCCCACAUGUCGGUCCCGGUGCUCGAGUCCGUGUCCGGGGUCGCCGUGUGGCUCGAUAACGCCGCCGCCGCCGCCGCUGCUCACGUCCUCGCAACAGCAUCUGCAUCAGCACUCGAACAAGAAUUGCCCGGCCGCACAGCAGCUGCUCACGCAUCUGGACUAUGCGGCCAGGCGGCAAUCGCUGGAUCAGCUGGACAGUCCGCAGGUACUGAACACGUCGAAGUACUUUGAUAUCCAGGCCAACCAGCUGUCGGACAUCAUGUGCCGCGGCGCUGUGGUCAGUUCCAUACAGUCGGCGAACAACACGCUGACCAGAGGCGUCUCCCUUCACAGCCGGAGUGGCAGCGCUCAUGGCAGCCAUCAUAGUCACAGUCAUCAUGGCAGCGCGCAUGGUUCACUUGGCUGCCUGCAGGGAGGCGUGGGAGUUGGCGUCGGAGUGGGCGUUGGAGUGGGCACUGGGAGCACUGGAAGCAUUGGAAUGAUGUCGGCGAGCCACAUAGACACGGGUGAUUACGAUGUGCCGCAUCCGCAUCCGUAUACGCAUCAUUAUAUGCAGACAACAGCAUCAGUGACGCCACCGCAUGCAACGCUCAGCAGGCCAGGAUCGGCUGGUGCCGUCUGCACCGGCCACGACUCUGGCUCCGAUUCCAGCCAGGGCUGCGGUGGCUCCAUAAUGGGAGGCAUGCUGGUCAUGGGUCAUCCCGGCCAUAUGGGCAGUCUGGGCCAUCACAGCACCGGCAGCGGCUCCCUGGGUCGCUGCUCCAGUCGUUGCCACAACACCACCACCACCGACGACUCUGGAGGUGGCAGCAGCGGAGGAGGCGGUGGCGGUGGUGGUGGUGGUGGCAGCGUCGCUGUUGGCGGUCCGGGCAUGCUCAUGGACUAUCAUCAUGGCCAUCACAGCGGCAGCGCUGGCAGCGGCCUCAAUGGCUGCGGAGGCGGCGGUAGCAUCGCUGGUGGCAGCAUUGGCGGACGCAGCAGUGUCCUGGGCACCAUUCACAAUGGCCACGGGCAUCAUCAUCAGCAAUAUCAUCACGAAUGCAUUCACUAUGAACGCUUGCCCAUACCCGUGCCCAUUCCCACAGUGCCCAUGGGCGUGACGCAGCAGCAACAGCAACAACAACAACAGCAGCAACAACAACAUCAGAUGUCGUCACAGCAUCAGCUACAGUCGGAGGAGGAGAUUGAGCCGGCCUACGCAACAGUAUUUCCGAAUGUUCCUCAAGCGCCCGGUUUGUCCUGCGAUGGCGAAGAUCGCAGCAUCUACAGAAGAGGAGCGCGUCGCUGGCGAAAAUUGUAUCGCGUCAAUGGACACAUUUUCCAGGCAAAGCGUUUCAAUCGCCGCGCUUUCUGUGCCUAUUGCCAGGAUCGGAUCUGGGGUCUGGGACGACAGGGUUUCAAGUGCAUACAGUGCAAGCUGCUGGUGCACAAAAAGUGUCAUAAGCUAGUGCAGAAGCACUGCACGGAUCAGCCAGAGCCGCUGGUCAAGGAGCGAGCCGAGGAGGCCAGCGAUCCGAUGCCGGUGCCGUUGCCACCGUUACCCUACGAGGCAGUGGGCGGCACCAGCGAGGCGUACGACACGCACGAACAUGCGCACAUUGUGGUGCCGCCACCUCCCGAGGAUUCCCUGGAGCCGGCCACACAGCGCCAGUAUUCAUUGAACGACUUUGAGUUAAUACGCGUCAUUGGACGCGGCAGCUAUGCGAAGGUGCUGAUGGUGGAGCUGCGACGUACGCGUCGCAUCUAUGCGAUGAAGGUGAUCAAGAAGGCGCUGGUCACCGAUGACGAGGACAUUGACUGGGUGCAGACAGAGAAGCAUGUGUUUGAGACGGCCUCGAAUCAUCCGUUCCUGGUCGGUUUGCAUUCGUGCUUCCAAACCCCUUCGCGCUUGUUCUUCGUCAUUGAGUUUGUGCGUGGCGGCGAUUUGAUGUAUCACAUGCAACGGCAACGCCGCCUGCCCGAGGAACAUGCUCGCUUCUAUGCCGCUGAGAUCAGUUUGGCGCUGAACUUCUUGCACGAGAAGGGCAUCAUCUAUCGGGAUCUGAAGCUCGACAAUGUGCUGCUCGAUCAUGAGGGGCACAUCAAGCUCACCGAUUACGGCAUGUGCAAGGAGGGCAUUCGGCCGGGUGACACAACCUCCACAUUCUGCGGUACUCCCAACUACAUUGCACCCGAGAUUCUCCGCGGCGAAGAUUAUGGCUUCUCCGUGGAUUGGUGGGCAUUGGGUGUCCUGCUCUACGAGAUGUUAGCUGGACGCAGUCCAUUCGACAUUGCCGGCGCCUCUGAAAAUCCAGAUCAGAACACUGAAGAUUAUCUGUUCCAAGUGAUUUUGGAGAAGACUAUACGCAUACCGCGUUCGCUGAGCGUUAAGGCUGCUUCGGUAUUGAAAGGUUUCCUCAACAAGAAUCCCGCUGAUCGUUUGGGCUGCCAUCGUGAGUCCGCCUUCAUGGAUAUUGUGAAUCAUCCGUUCUUCAAAGUCAUCGACUGGGAGAUGAUUGCACAAAAAGAGGUACAACCGCCUUAUAUACCAACCCUGGAUCCUGGCGAUCCCUAUAUGACAACAAACUUUGACGAUCAAUUUACCAGAGAACCGGCUGAAUUAACGCCAGAUGAUCCUCAUGUCAUUGACAACAUCGAUCAAUCGGAAUUCGAGGGCUUUGAGUAUGUAAAUCCCUUGCUAAUGUCACUGGAGGAUUGCGUCUGACACCACGAGACAUGUGACUUGCAUCCGUAUAAUAUGCGUCUCUAUGGUGAGGAUUCCAGUGAUUAUGAUUCCGUGGCUGAUGAUCUAAGUCUCUUGCAUUUGAAUAGCGCGGGGAGGCGCAGCCAAUACCAAUAACAACAUAAGCCAGCAGCAACAUUAUCGCCAACAGCAGCAACAGCAGCCACAGGGCCAGCAAUAUCAUCCAUACCCACAGCAACAGCAACAACAGCACCAGCAGCAGCAACAUCAUCAUAAUGGUAACAAUAACAAUCAUAAUAAUCAAAUGCAAGCAAAUAAUAAUAAAAGUCUACUGCAGCACAUGUUUUGCCUUCCAUUGAACUAAUUAAAAUAACGAAUUAGAUACAGAUAACAACAACAAGAGCAACUGCUAACAGACAGCAACAACAACUAGCAAAAGCAAAAGCAACAAAAACAAAAAC